CAUUCUUUUUCAGGAUUGAAGUUUUCUUGAUCUUGAGAAGUGAUCUAUCUAUGCCUGUAGAUAUUUAUUUAUGAGUGUAUGGCUAUGUAGUUAUUGGGCAGUAAUGGCUAUGUGGACUUGUUAUUGGGAGUUAAUGGUAUUUUUGGCUGUUGGGAAUUAAUAGCUAUGUGGGCUGGUUAUUGGGAAUCAUUGUCCUAUUUCUUAUCCCUUAGUCAAGUCAGUAGGCUACCACAAGAAUCGUUUUAAGUUUGUCUUCAUUUUGAGGGAACUAAAGAAAGAUAUGACAAUGUCAUUCUCUCUUUUGUUCUUCAUCUUCAUCCUCAUGUUCAAGCUAGAAUUUGAAACUGCCACAAUAAUUGAACAUGAUGAUGAGUGCAAGCCAGAAAUAUGUGGGCAUAAUGUCAUCCGCUUUCCUUUCAGGCUUAUUGGAAGGCAUCCAAAUCAUUGUGGUUAUCUCGGAUUUGAUCUCUCUUGCUCUCCCAAGAACCACACCAUCCUCAAUCUGCCCACUUCUUCUUCUUCAUGGAAGGUGGUCAUAACCAAAAUAAACUAUGGAGCUCAAUUGUUUUCUGCAUAUGAUCCAGAUGGUUGUCUUGUGAAGAAAUAUAUAAACUUCAACUUCUCAGCUUCUUCUUUCCAAUUAGUUGCUUCUCGAUUUUCAGAAAAAAAUACAAAAAUUGUCUCAGGGUUCCAUGACCCUGACACGACUUACUACUUCAGUUGUCCUAAUAGUUCUUCUUAUAAUAAGUUUUGUAGGGUGCCAUCAAUCUCAUGCUCACCUCUAAAACCUUAUGUAGUGGACUGCGCUAGCGAUUCAAACCAAAAGGUGUUCUCUGUUUGCAUUUACGCUGAGUUGAACGACCUUCCACCGUGGCCAUGCAAGUCUAUCACCAAAAUCUCUAGCUUACAUGACUUUUCAUUGAGUUGGUCAAAGCCCAUGUGUGGCCAUUGUGAAUCACAACAAAAACUCUGCAGAUUAAGGAAGAACAAUAAUACUCGACACAACAUCGUGAGACUUGAAACAGAGUGCUAUGGAGAGUUGAAUCAGUCAAGAGGUGUUAACCAAAAACUUCUUAUUGCAGGUUGUAGCUUAACUAGUCUUGUUCUUCUUGUUGGAGUAAUUUUGACAUGCUCCAUCCUAAACUCGGACAAAAAGACUAGACAAUAUCAACUAAAGGUUGACAAAUUCUUGGAAGAUUAUAGAGCUCUUAAACCCUCGAGAUAUUCAUACAAAGAUAUUAAGAAGAUAACUAGCAAUUUCACUACCAUGAUCGGUCAAGGUGGUUACGGAACAGUUUACAAAGGAAAGCUAUCAAACGAUGUUCAUGUAGCAGUUAAAGUCCUCAAUGAUGCCAAGGGAAACGGGGAUGAGUUCAUCAAUGAGGUGGGAACCAUGGGAAAAAUUCACCAUGUUAACGUAGUACGAUUGGUCGGUUAUUGUGCUGAUGGAUCCAAAAGGGCCUUAAUCUACGAGUUCAUGAUGAAUUAUUCACUCGAGAAGUUUAUAUCUUUUGAGGGUAAGAAACAAUCACUUGGGUGGAAGAAGCUAGAAGAAAUUGCUUUGGGAAUAGCCAAAGGAAUAGAGUAUCUUCACCAAGGUUGUGAUCUUCGAAUCCUACAUUUUGAUAUUAAGCCUCAUAAUGUCUUAUUAGAUUGUAACUUCAUCCCAAAAAUCUCUGACUUCGGUUUGGCCAAGCUUUGCUCUAAGGAACAAAGUGCUAUUUCCAUGACUAUUGCUAGGGGUACCAUAGGCUAUAUUGCACCUGAGGUUUUCUCGAGGAAUUUUGGAAGUGUGUCGUAUAAAUCCGACAUUUAUAGUUUUGGAAUGCUCUUAUUGGAGAUAGUUGGAGGAAGGACAAAACCUACUGAGAAAGAUGAUAGUGAUGCUUACUUUCCAGAGUGGAUUUACAACAGAUUGAAUCGAGGAGAUGAAUUAGCGGUUGAAAUUGAGCAUGAAGCAGAUGAAAACUCCAAAAAGAUUAUAAACAAACUAACAAUUAUGGGACUUUGGUGUAUUCAAUGGUUCCCGAGCAAUCGACCCUCAAUGAAAGUGGUUGUUCAAACAUUAGAAGGAGAUGGAAUUGGACUAACCCUCCCUCCAAAUCCAUUUGUCUCUAUUGAUCCAAUCACUAACAAGGAAACCAUUGGUAUGGAUUCUUUUAUUAGUAGUUUAGAAUCUGAAUCUGCUAUUUCUGUAUCGAAUUAAGGUGUCAUUGAAAUUUGCUCAUUGUUGUUUGUCUUGUUCAUGUACAAUUAAGGAUGUCUACUAUGGUUUGGUAAUGUAACAUAGUAAUAUAUUUUUUUGGGAUA